AUGAAGGUGAGCAUAAAGAAUAGGACGGAUGGAACAGUAUUCCAAGUCGAGAUUGAAGCUAAUGCAACAAUAGGAGAACUUCGCUCAAAAAUCUCAUCACAUCUUGGAAACUCCUGUGAUCCGAGGUCAUUGAAGCUUUCACUCGGCGAACAACUGCUGGACGACGCCGAUUCUGUCACCCUCAAAAAAGCAGGCCUAGUGAGUGGAGAUCCGACUCUUCAUGGAAAUGUGCGUUACUCUUGA